UGACCCUCUGAACCUACACCUAAAUAAUGGUUCAGGAAAGACAGCGUCGAGGAAAGGGAGUCUGCUGGACACUGAGACUCUGGUCAGUUGCUGUGAUUUCCAUUUUACUCCUCAGUGCCUGUUUCAUCGCGAGCUGUGUGUUGACUUACCAGGUUACGACGGACAACCCCAAUAGAAGACUGUUUGAACUCCAUACAUAUCAUUCCAGUAUCAGCUGCUUCAGUGAAGGGACCAUGGUGUCAGAAAAAAUGUGGGGAUGCUGCCCAAAUCACUGGAAGCCAUUUGGUUCCAGCUGCUACCUCAUUUCCACCAAGGAGAACUUCUGGAGCAUCAGUGAGCAGAACUGCGUUGAGAGGGGGGCUCAUUUGGUGGUGAUCAAUACUGAAGCUGAGCAGACUUUCAUUACCCAACAGCUGAAUGAGUCACUUUCUUACUUUCUGGGGCUUUCUGAUCCACAAGGUAAUGGCAAAUGGCAAUGGACUGAUAAUACUCCUUUCAGUCAAACGGUCAGGUUCUGGCACCCAAAUGAGCCCAAUUCUCCUGCAGAGCGAUGUGCUUCGAUAGUUUUCUGGAAUCCUGCGAAAUGGGCCUGGAACGAUGUUUUGUGUGAUACUAAACGGCGUUCAAUAUGUGAAAUGAAGAAGGUUUACCUAUGA